AUGAGUGAGAAAAGUAGAGAGAGAAAGAGAGCGGGUGCGUUUGGUCGUUCAUUCUCCGGUGAGGAAUGGACUGUUUUUGUUGGAAAUCUUAGUAAGAGAGUUACCAGAAGUGAGUUAAGAGAGAUUUUCAACCAUUAUGGUAGAAUAGUGAGGGUCUUUAUCCCAAGUUUUAUGGUUAAAACGAAUUAUAAGUCAUCCACGUUUGCUUUUGUGCAAUAUGCGGUGGAGGAAGGUUGCAGAAGAGCAGUUAUGAAUGUAAAUGGAACGUUGAUUGAUGGGAAGAGAGUCACUGUGGGGGUGGCUAAGUAUAAGAGGGGCAGGAAGAGAGAUGCAGAGGUUAAAAGAUCUCAGCUGGAAGGAAUUAAGCCAUUUAGAGAAGCUAAUGGUAGACAGCAGGUUGACUUGGAGUCACCGAGAAGUUUGAGAGAUGGCAGAACGUAUAAGGAGGUUGUGAAUGUGGAUAAAAGUAGGAGUGUGGAUCAACAAAGAAGGGUGAACAGGGAAGGUCAGAAGAAAGCAAAAGGAGUAAGAAAUGUCUGGGAUAUGCACAUCCCAUCAGAAGAUUUUUAA